AUGUCUUUGAACACGGGCAGCUCGACGUCCGAAGAGUCCGUCUCGACUUCGGUGAGGCGAGCCCCGCCUCGACCCAAGAUUCAAGAUUUACCAGAGGGUAUGGACCCGACCAAAUUCUCGACUCUGAAGAAAUUCCAUGUCGUCUUCGUCGGCACGUGGUUCACCGCCAACAGCGCCAUCGGGUCCUCUCUGCCGUCCGGCGCAGUGAGCUGGAUCGCCGAUGACUUCUCCGUCACCAAUCCGACCCAUCUCGUCCUCCUCAACUCCUUGUUCCUCGUCGGUUACUCCGUCGGCCCCCUAUUUUUCGGACCCAUGAGUGAGUACGCCGGCCGCUCGCGCGUGCUGCUCGCAGCCUACGUCGGCUACUGCAUCUUCACACUCGCUUGCGCCGUCGCACCUUCGUAUCCCGCCCUGCUCAUCUUCCGCCUUCUCGGCGGCGUAAACGCCGCAUGCACCAACGCCGUCGUCGGCGGCCUCUUCGCCGACAUCUACGACGAACCGAUCCAGCGGGGCCGCGUGCUCGCCUACUUCAUGACGGCCACGACCAUCGGACCGCCCCUGGGCCCCAUCAUCUCCGGCUUCGCCUCAACCAUCGACUGGCGCCUGACCUUCUGGAUCGGCCUUGCUCUCCUGGGCAUUGGCCUCCCUGCCCUCAUCACGCUGCCCGAGACGUACGUGCCCGUCAUCCGCCGCCGCCUCAAGCAGAAGGCCCUCAAAGCCGAGAGGGCUAGCCAGGCCGAGAAGGCCAGCCGGAACGACCCCGACAUGCCGACCCUCACCAAGACGGAGACGCUGAGCGGCAACAUCCAGGUCAUCUUCGCGCGGCCCUUCACCAUGAUAGUGCGUGAGCCCGUUGUGCUCUUCUCCUCGCUUUACAUGGCGCUCGUCUACUCGAUCCUCUACCUCUUCUUCCAAGCCUAUCCCAUCAUCUUCCAGGGCGUCUACGACAUGGAGCCUGGUUUCGUGGGCCUCGCCUUCCUGCCCGUCCUCGGCGGUUCGGCCGUUGCCCUCGCCAUUUUCAUGUGGUUCAGCGCCUACCACGCCGCCGCUCUGCGCCGCGGCGCGUCCUGGACGCGUCAGGACGAGUACCGCCGCCUGCCCCUCGCCUGCAUCGGCGGGCCAGCGCUGUCUCUCUCCCUCUUCUGGCUCGGCUGGUCCUCCCGCGCGACCGUCCACCCGGUCGUGCCCAUGAUGUCCGGCUUCCUCUUCGGCGCCGGCUACCUCCUCAUCUUCAUGGCCAUGCUCAACUACCUCACCGACGCCUACCGCCAGUUCUCGGCCUCGGCCCACACGGCCGCCAGCACGACGCGCUCCGUCUGCGCCGUCUGCCUGCCCCUCGCGACGCGGCCCAUGUACGCCCGCCUCGGCAUCGCCUGGGCCUGCUCGCUGCUCGGCUUCGUGGCCCUCGCCAUGGCCGUCAUCCCCUUUGUCUUCAUCCGCUGCGGCCGGUCCAUUCGCGCGCGGAGCCCGUUCUGCCAGCAGGUGCUCGCGCUCGAGCGGCCUGCGGAUGACACCGAUGAGGAGGAGGCGAGGGGGGAGGAGCUGCGGAGGCCGGGGACGCUGAAUGCGUAG